UCUUUCUGUAUACUUUUACUUUUUUACCCCUCCCUCCUUCCCCUAGGGUUUUUCUCUCUCCUCCCCUUCCUUCUUUUGUUGCUCUGUUUUCUUUAAUUUAUGACAAUUUUCUUUUACAAUGUAUGACUAUUUUUUUUAUAAUUUAUUAAUUAUUAUUAUUACUGUUUUGUGGUUACCAAUAUUUGCUGAAUUUGAGUUUCAGGAUUCAGUACUAGUACACGAUUGUCGCUUUUUUUACUGAAUAAUUACAUAGUAUGUUUCUUAUGCUGUGUUUUUGAGGUUUUGUAAUAUCGAUUAUAGUAAUUUUAUUGUUAUUAUGGUUGUAGCUUCAAUUGAAAUGCACAAUUGAAGUUUUUGUUUAAUUAAAGCUAGGAAUUGUUUAGUGGAUGCAAUUAGUAUGCAUUAUGAGUUCUUUGGAUUCAGAUUUUUUGAUGUAUUACAGUAUUAGUAGCUUAGACAAUUUACUUAUAUUCUCUAGCAUGUUCUUUUGAUUGCUAACUUCAUAGUUCAUAUACUAUAUUGAUGGAGUUGUUAAUUACUACCUCCGGUCUUUAUUAGUUUACCUAUAUUCCUUUUAGGAUGUCCCUUAUUAGUAUACCCAUUUCUUUUGUUUCUAUUUUUGGAAUCGGACUGCUAACUUUCCAUCACACACACAUUCAACUUUAACAUAAAUUAAUCUUUUCGUUCCACAAUAUCAUUUCUCCUAAAACUAUGUGCAAAAGAAACGGGUAAACUAAUAAAGACUGGAGGGAUUAUGUUGUUGCGGACUUGCGGUUGUUACUUGUUACGCAGAUUCUUGCGGUUGUUUUGAUGAAAAACAAAUGUGGACUCCUUGUGCAUGACCUUUUUAGUUCUAACUUCAAUAUAGCUUGUGCUGUGAGCCUGUGAAAGUGAAACACAUGUGGAACCUCGUAUUUUGCGGCUGUGGCCUACUAUUUAUCUUGAUGGCACUUCACAUAUAUUGUCUCCUUUUGUGAGCUUAUGAAAGAGUUGAUAUUAUUUGACUUAGAGAGUGUUUGGUUGAGGUGAGAACAUUUUGAUCUGGUUUUUCUAUUUUGCUUUCUUUGGUUUUUAGAGGAAGGCAAGUAGUUUUUCCUGUUGAUGGUACACAUUUUCCUUUUAAGAGGAAGGGAUGCCACAUUUUCCACCCUACUCCUUACCUUCCUCUUUCACUUAUCCCGUCCGUACUCCUUUAACAUUUUCAUUUUCCCCUUCUCUUAAACUUUUCUUGUGAGCAACCAAACAAGAAAACUUAAUUUACAAUGAUGUUUUCUAAUUGAUAUUGGUUUUUCCUGAAAAAUUAUAUGAAAAUGAGGCAUAUCGUCGAAUCCACCUUCUUUACGGUUUUAUUUUUUCACAUUCUGCCACUUUGAGUAUCAUAUACUCACUACUCUUCCUGAAUCAAUUUUUUUUUUUUUUUAGAUGACGAUAUUUGAGUUGUGGCAUUCUUUAUCUUUGCCCUUGCAAGGAAGCUUUCCCUUUUAGGACUGGACUGCACCCUUUUAUUUCUUCAAUUGGUGUUGUAGUUCAAGACAUUUUAUUGCGCGGUUGAGUUAUGUAUAUCCGGGCCAUGUUAUCAUGUUAUGUUCAUUAAAUAAUUUUUUGCAGAUUUUCAAUGUUCUCUGUGGGUUAUAUUUGAAGUUUUGACCUUGAAACUCUCAAGUCAUGUGAAGAAAUACUCGCGAUCUUUCAUGUAAAUGAUUGGUGAAUCUUUGCCAUUGGCCCAUAGCACUUUUAUACCCACGAUAGCAAUUACUGUGGGAUUUAUGAUUGCUAUAUAUGUUAUAAUUAUAUAAAUGCAGCAAAUAUACUAGGCCCCUUCUAUAUAUUUUCCAACUUUUUUGCUAUGUAAUAAGUGGCUCUUGGAAGGAGUUUAGCGAUUAUCUUCCAACCAGAAAUGUUGAUGCACUCUAAAAGUUCUUGGAGGUGACCGAACCUUUUUCCAGUUAGGUACUUGCUAGUCUCCUUAUUUUGCUCAUCAUCUGUAGGCCUAAUUUUGUGAAUUUGUUCACAUAUGUAAGUAGUUAUGGUAUCUUUUUGUCUUAUUUAUCAUUUGUUACUACUUCUCAUUGUUGUACCCGGGUUAGUAUACUCUGUAUUGUACCUUUUGAGUUAUCGCCCGCAAACCUUAUUUUCUUUGGCUGUUCAAUCAUUCACUGCUGAAUUAUUACUAAAACUGUAUUUUGCGUAUGAUACCAGUGCCUUAUGUUUCUCAAACAAAUCAAUACAAUAGUGUACCAAGCAGCAAGAUAAUCUGUAUCCCAAAUACUAAGAUUGGUAUUAUUAUUGGAAGAGGAGGAGACAUGUUAAAAAAUCUUCAAUUAGAAUCAGGAGCUAAAAUUCAGAUAGUUCGAGGUGCACACGACUAUCCUAUCUUUUUGACAAGGGAUGUUGAGCUGAUGGGCACACAGGAGCAAAUCAACAGAGCGGAGCAACGAAUCAAUGAAGUAAUUGCCGCGGCAGAUUUAACAAAUUCUGCCUCAUUUGGAGAUAGAAGCGCUCCUCCCCCACAAGCUGGAGUGCCUUAUGUUACUCAAACAAAUCAAUACAGUAGUGUACCAAGCAGCAAGAUAAUCUGUAUCCCAAAUACUAAGAUUGGUAUUAUUAUUGGAAGAGGAGGAUACAUGUUAAAAAAUCUUCAAUUAGAAUCAGGAGCUAAAAUUCAGAUAGUUCGAGGUGCACACGACGAUCCUAUCUUUUUGACAGAGGAUGUUAAGCUGAUGGGCACACAGGAGCAAAUCAACAGAGCGGAGCAACGAAUCAAUGAAGUAAUUGCCGCGGCAGAUUUAACAAAUUCUGCCUCAUUUGGAGAUAGAAGCGCUCCUUCCCCACAAGCUGGAGGUGAGCAACUUGUUAUUAAAGUUCCAAAUGACAAGGUUGCUCGCGUCAUUGGUAAAGGAGGUGAAUCUAUAAAAGCGAUGCAGAGCAAGUCUGGAGCUCGCAUUCAGGUUAUUCCGCUUCACUGUCCUCCUGGUGAUUACUCAACGGAAAGAAAUAUCUAUAUAAAUGGAACUAUGGAGCAGAUAGAAUAUGCUAUAGCGCUGGUCUAUAAAGUUAUUAGUGGGAAUCGUUUGAAGGUUUUGUCUGGUUCUAAUAUGUACCAACAGUCUGGCUACCCUCCUAUUGCUGCUUGGACUCCUCAGGGUCAACCUUCUGCACAGCAGCCUCAUGCAUAUCGAUACUCUCAGACUGGAACUUAUGCUAUGCCCCAACCACCUUAUUAUGGCGGAUACCCUCCACAGCCAACUACUUGGGACCAAUCAGCUGCUUCAUCUCAGCAGCAGAAUACCGGCUACAAUGCGUAUGGACAAGGUCAACCACCAGCCUCAACUCCCCCGGAUGUUAAUUACAAUUAUGGCCAAGUCGCACCAGCUUACAAGUAUAAUCAAGGGUACCCGCAACAGCCAAAUUACGGGCAAGAUGGUCAGGCUACUCCAGAGGCCAAACCUUAUGCAUAUGGACCACCAGCAACAUCUUCACAGCCAGAUGGUUCUGCUGCUGUCCAAACUUCUCAGCAAGGUUAUGAAACCCCAGCUGCAUCUGGUUCUGAUGGCACAGCCCAGUCUCAGCCCCCGUCUGGCUAUGGUCAACCUCUUCCUCAUGGUAAUGGUUAUAGGGCUUAUCCAAGUUAUUCAGGUGCACCAGCUAUUCAGCCAUACUACAAUCAAACAGGCUAUGCACAGGCGAGUUAUAUACAGCAGCAAGAAGUUCAAGUUGCAAGCCAGGCAUCGUACCCGUAUUAUGGACAAAGUGGGUACCCUUCAUCUCAAGCAAGAUAUUAUCACAGUGCUUAUCCUUCGGCCAUUCCUCCAGCACAAGAGCCACCUCAUAUUCAGCCGCAAACAUCUGAUAAUGUAGACUCGAGUAAUGUGGCUGGUGCUGCUGCAGAGGAAAGUGAAGAUCCCCAAUGGAAGUUCACUACGCUAUUGGAAUAUAUCGAAAGGUUAUAAAGGGUCCAUGAUUAGACCUGAAGGUGCUCGGAUGUUUUCUAGAGUUUUGACUGUUAAAUUUAGUAUGUCUUUUGCCUUGAUAAACUUGAAUUGAUCUUAUUCUUUCAGAGAUUUCUUUGAUGAUUUAGCUGUGUUUUCGUUUGUUCUUUCUC